AUGGCGGAUAUGGAUCCGAUCAAGAAAUUCAAGCGCAUCGGCGUGGUCGGAGCGGGCAGUAUGGGAUCAAUGAUGACCUUUGCCUUCUCGGAGAUGGGUCUCGAUGUAUCAGUAUUUGACGUGGACAAAACAAAUGUCGACAAAGUUACGAACUGGGCUAAGAGCGCCAACGAUGUCAAAGGAAAGAUUUCUGGAUUCUACAACAUCAAAGAAUUCACUCAGAGUCUCGAGGGUGCAGAUCACAAAUUAUUCAUGUUCUCCAUUACACACGGUGACCCUGCAGAUUCGGUUCUUAACAUGAUCAAACCUGAUCUGAAGAAAGGCGACAUUGUUCUAGAUGGCGGAAAUGAGAAUUAUCGCCGGACGGAACGCCGCCAGAAAGAAUGUGCCGAGAUAGGCGUGUAUUGGAUUGGCGUUGGUGUCUCCGGUGGCUACCAGUCUGCUCGUCGUGGACCUAGUCUCUCUCCUAGUGGAGAUGCCAAGGCGCUGGAGCUGGUCAUGCCUCUGCUCCAGAGGUAUGCAGCUAAGGACCCCAAGAGUGGCACCCCUUGUGUGACGCGUGUUGGCCCUGGCGGAUCUGGGCACUACGUCAAGAUGGUUCACAAUGGUAUCGAAGGUGGAAUGCUCUCUUCGCUUGCUGAAGCAUGGUCGUUCAUGCAUUACGGCAUGGGCAUGGGCUACGAGGAAAUCGGAGAUGUAUUCGCGAAAUGGGACUCCGCCGGUGAACUACGGGGCAAUUUUUUGAUUAACAUCGGCGCCGAUAUUCUGAGAACCAAGCGGACACCCCAUGGUGAUGGAAAGGGAGAAGGAAUUGGCAACAGUGGAUUCGUCCUCGACGAUGUUCUUGACAAGGUGGUCCAGGACGACGAUGGUACCGAGGGAACACCUUAUUGGUCGAUCAUGGAGUCUGCACAACGACAUGUCUCCUGCCCCACCUUAGCUGCAGCCCAUUACUUGCGUAUCGCAAGUGGAAAUCGCCAAGAGCGAGUGCAAGCUUCUAAGAAGCUCCAGAUGCCGUCGCCUCGCCUGAUCCGAGACUUACAGCACUUUAAGGACGACUUGCUUGAGAAAUUGCGCAAGGCUGUUUACUGUUCCUUCUUAUCGUCCUUCUGUCAGGGACUGGAGCUGAUCUCCAGAGCCUCCGAGGAUGAAGGCUGGAACAUUGAUCUUGGUAAAUGUAUUCAGAUCUGGCGGGCUGGCUGCAUUAUCAAGUCCGACUACAUUGCCGAUAUGUUGCAGCCUCCGCUAUCGGGCAACACUAGCAUGUCCAAUAUGAAAUUCAUCGAUGCGGUUUCGACAGAGCUGCAUAAUAGCUUCGGUGCCUUGAAGGAUAUUGUUAUCGAGGGCACCAAGACGGAUCAGUAUAUGCCGGCGAUCUCUGCCACUCUGGAUUAUCUCAAAUAUGAAGGUGGACUCAUGUUGCCAACCAAGUUCAUGGAGGCACAGAUGGAUUACUUCGGUGCUCACAGCUAUAACAAGCCGGGUGUUGCCGGUGAGGAUCCUGGUCCUGUUAUGAAAGGUCCUCACCACUACGAGUGGAAGGUGGCUUAA